UUCGCUGCUCUAUGGCUAGAGACGGGCGUAAUGGGGCGGCUGGGGCCGAGAGUGGAUCCGGGUUACUUGAACGCCUCCUGCUAUGCAUUUACAGACUUUAAACCUCCUACUAGCUCUGGCUAGGAAAAGCAGGGGUUCCUGAUCGAUCUCCUGCUCCGGGGAGAGACCCCUCCUGUGUACAGUGCCGAAGAGUUCACUCCGGAAUACACGGGACUCGAUUCCUGGAUUUCCCAUCUCAAAACUUAAGCUGAUGUCGAGGAUGGAUGGAAGGGAAGAAAUAUGGAACCUGGAUCCCCAGAACCCUGGGGAAGAGGAGAUGCCGAAAGAUGCUGUCGCAGAAAUGAGUCUCUCCAACGAGAAAGCAGCUUCUGCGGCCAUUGCUGUGGCCACGGCGGCAGUGGCUGCUGUGAAGACCGUCAUAGGGAUCCAGUCUCGCAUCUUCACAAGGCUGGCGACACGCCGGAAGUUUCUGAGGCGAGAGCGCGACGACUUGGACGAGCUGGAAGAGAUGGUGGAAAACGCAGCUGCCGUCCGCCUCCGAGCAAUUGUUGAAUCGAGCAUCGACUCUUUGAGAACCAUGAUGUGCUCCUGCCUCUUCCAGUCUCCCGCUGUCCUCGCCGGCCUCAUCGAUGAGCUCUACAUCAUGGAGCGCGCUUUCUGGGUGCAACCAGGCCGCUCUGAAUGGUGGGAGAAGGUUGUCCUGCCCCAUUGGGAUGACCCACUCUGGCAGGAGAAUUUCAGGAUGAGCCGGCAGACUUUUAUGGAGCUGUGUCACAUGCUGAGGCCUGUCCUCGAGCGGCAGACGACCAACAUGCGAGCCCCAAUUACCGUCGAGAAGCAGCUGGCCAUUGCUAUCUGGAAACUGGCAACCCCGGAUAGCUACAGGUCGGUAGCCGAGUGUUUUGGUGUGGGACGCUCCACGGUCUCGCGGAUCGUUAUGGAAGUCUGCCAGGCACUCUACGAUGUGUACCACCAUGUGGUCCACCUGACCGCUGCCCAAGAGGUGAUGCGAGGGUUUGCAGCCAAGGGUUUUCCUCACUGCGUAGGAGCCAUCGAUGCUACUCACAUCCCUAUCAUUGCCCCUGCGCACAGGGCAACGGAAUACAUCAACAGCAAAGGCUAUUACUCCAUGGUCCUGCAAGCGUUGGUGGACCACCAAGGCCGGUUCACCGAUGUGUAUGCCGGGCGGUCUGGGAAAGUGCACGAUGCGAGGAUCUUCCGCAGCUCUCCCAUCUUCCGGGCCAUGAACCAAGGCACGUUUGGUCCCGGCUCUAUUAUGGACAUGGAGGGUGAGCAAGUGAAACCAGUGAUCCUCGGAGACUCUGCUUAUCCUCUCCUGCCGUGGCUGAUGACUCCUUACAGUGGCCACUUGGACGCCCGCAAGCAGCUGUUCAACCGCACCCUCGGCCGCUGCCGGACAGUGGUGGAAUAUGCUUUUGAGCGCCUCCGGGGCCGCUGGCGGUGCCUGCUCUCCCGCUUGGAUGUGAGGGAGCGCUAUGCCCCCAGGGUCAUUGUGGCCUGCUGCAUCUUGCACAACAUAUGUGAGACCAAAGGAGAGCCCCUCCAGGACGGGUGGGAGGAGGUGGUGAGAUCCGUCUCCAGGUCUUACCAGCAGCCAGAGCGACCACCUGUGUAUGUCUUGAAUCCCCGUGCCCGAGAGAUCAGAGAUCUUUUCAGUGCAUACAUGGAAAGGAGGGAACUGGCAAAGUAGGGCUGGAUUUGUUCAUUUGCCACCCAAUAGGCCUUGUUGUACGCUUUGGGAACAGGAUUUAAUUUUUUUAAAAAAAUUUAAAUUUUCUUUUCUUUUUCUUUUUUUAAGAAUGUAGUUGGCUUGGCAUAUCUUGAUGACAGCUAUGUGAGAGGCAACAUGAUGUAGUGGUUAGAGUGUUGGACUAGGACAUGGGCGAUCCUGGUUUGAAUCCUCAUGCAGUCAAAUAGCUCAAUAAGUAACUUUGGGACAGUCAUGCUCUCAGUCUAACCUACCUUACAGAGUUGCAAAAAUACUGAGGGUAGGGGGGAACCAUAAUAUGCUACCCUGAUCUCCUUGCAGGAAGGACAGGAUGACAAUGUCAUAAAUACCUUUUAAACUUGUAUUGUGUUGCUUUCCUCCUUAGCUGUGGUGAGUUGAAACUGCUUGGAGGGGAGCAGCCAAGUGACGUCGGCAUGUCUCCUGCUCUUGCUUAGGUUACUCUUGCUAACCUGCUAACGUGAUGCCUCUGAGUACCAGUUGCAGGGGAGUAACAGAAGGAGAGAAGGCAUGCCCUCAACUCCUGCCUGUGGCUUCCAGUGGCAUCUGGUGGGCCACUGUGCGAAACAGGAUGCUGGACUAGAUGGGCCUUGGGCCUAAUCCAGCAGGGCGGUUCUUAUGUGCUUAUUAACUUUACUCUUGCUAACCUGCUCUUGCUUAGGUUACUUCUGGCCAGAGAACGGCAGCAACCUUAACACUGCACUGGGUUCCUUGUUGCCAGAGAAAAUAUAGUGGUGUACUGUGGCUGCUGCUCCUGCAGACCCAGCCUUUCUACUGGCAAAGAGACGAGAGAGACUGAGCAUAUGCAGAGGGAGCAGCUGCUGAAUGCUGCUGUUUUCCCUGUUAGCGGAGAGAGGAGAGCCCACCUAUAGCCUAGGGUAGAGUGAGUCAUGAAUCAGGAACUUCCCAAUUCACUUUUGUGAUGAACUCACCAGGAAGCUUUAGGCCAGCUCCUCCCUCUCAGCCUCCUCUGCAACUGCGAUAUGGAGAUAAUACUGACCUGCUCUACAGGCUCAGUGUUCCCUCUAACAGGGAGUCCCAGAUGUUGUUGACUACAACUCCCAGAAUCCCCAGCUGCAGUGGCUUUUUCUUGGGGGUUAUGGGAGUUGUAGUCAACCACAUCUGGGAAUCCCUGUUAGAGGGAACACUGUACAGACUUGUUGUAAACAUUAAAGCAAGAUAGUGGCCCUAUUUGCACAUUCUGUUCAACGAUAUGUAUAAUCUGUGCACAGUGUACGCAUGUACAGAUAUGUACGGGGGUACAGCUAUUCAUACAUUAUGUUAAUCACAUGUAUAGUAGUGCUCUUCAGUCUGUACCUUGCAUUUGAGGAGGUCUGUACACAGGUUCUCUUUUCAAAGGACUGCAUGCACAGUCAUUCACACAAAAACGUGUGUAUAGACAGAUGUACACAUGUACUAUAUAAUGUCUGAACAGGGCUAAUGUCUCUGAAACAUUUUGAACAUUCUAAAAGUACUGUAUAAAUAAAGUGUGCCAUCAAGUCAAUUUCGACUGCUGGUGCCCACAGAACCCUGUGGUUUUCUUUGGUAGAAUACAGGAGGGGUUUACCAUUGCCUCCUCCCCCAUGCAGUGUGAGAUGAUGCCUUUCAGCAUCUUCCUAUAUUACUGCUGCCCGAUAUAGUACCAGCGGGGAUUUGAACUGGCAACCUUCUGCUUGUUAGUCAAGCAUUUCCCUGCUGCGCCACUUAAGGUGGCACUGUAUAAAUGCUAAGCACUUAAUAUUAAUAAUAAGGUACAGAGGGAGCAUAGGAGGUAGAAGACUUAGGAAGCAACCUUUUAGCUUUUGCUGAGGUGGGCAGGGUGAACUGAAAACCCAUUUCUUCUAGCUGUGUAUCUGCAAAUGGAAGCUUUUCUUUACAGGAUCCAAAAGCUUCUUGCUACUCAUGAGGAGCAAGGAGCUUUUGACCUCUGGGUAAGGUGGGGAGAUACAGGUGAAACUCGGAAAAUUAGAAUAGCGUGCAAAAGUCCA